AUGCCUUCGUCAUGGGCAAUGCUGUUGCUGCAUACGGGCAUUUUUUUUUCCAAUUUGCUGUUGGGUUCGGCUGCCUUUGGUAGCUACCAAGAAAAUAAUAAUGGGACUGUCCCCUUGACGGUAUCACUGCCGAGUGGCAGCAGCAGUGGAUUGCUAUGGCAAGACUUGAGUGUCAUGACACCCAGCAGCCAAUGUCUCUUGCGAUCUUCCAGUGGAUUUGUGGAAAAUGGACACAUUUGUGGUAUUCUGGGGCCUUCUGGAGCAGGAAAGACAACCUUUCUGUCCACAAUUGCCGGUCGUCCAGAGGCUUCCUUGCACGUCAACGGACAAGUGUUGCACUACCAACUCGACAAUGGCCAUAGCAACAAUAAUAACAAUGACAACAACUACAACUACAAAUGCGCCCCGGUCCAAUCUGGUGGUGUGGCGUGGCUCCAGCAGCACGAUGCCUUUUUUGAACGGUUGACUGUCAAGGAAACCUUGGACUUGGCCGUGUUUUUAGAAUUGCCACACUUGAGUUGGACCCAACGGGAUCAAGUGGCUAGAAGUUGUCUGGAUUCCUUGGGAUUGUCACCCCUCCAAGAUAGACCCGUGGGAAGUCCCAAAGCCUCGCGGGUACUGGAUGGGGCCACGUUGAGUGGAGGAGAAAUGAGACGACUUUCCGUCGCAGUAGAACUAGUGACCAUGCCCCAUUUAUUCAUUGCCGAUGAACCAACCUCUGGCAUUGACUCUAAAAUGUCUGAAAAUGUCAUGGCCGCCAUUGCCUCCCUGGCACGAGAACGACAAAUACCCUGUUUUUGUACAUUGCAUCAACCGCGAUCUUCCAUUUGGCACAUGCUCGAUGCCGUCAUUCUCAUGGCACCCGGUGGGAGAAUAUGUUAUGCGGGGCCUCGUGAGGAUGUUUUGGGGUAUUUGUCCUCGGUGGGAUAUGAUUGUCCCAGCUUGACAAAUCCUGCAGAAUUUGUGGUCGAUUUGGUCUCGGUGGAUCCGGAAAAUGUGGAACAAGCGGCGAAAGAUUCCAAACGAAUCGAGGAACUGGCAGCCACUUUUGCUCGGUACACCAAAGAACAACAAUCUACUAAUGGUGGGACGACAUGUACCAUCGUUUCGGAUGAUUCCUUGCCAGUUUCCAAAGCACAACAACAAACUAGUAGCGUGGUGGAAAUAGACGACACCAAACAGCGACAUCCCUUUCGUGCCGUACGACGCUUUGGAGCGCUCUUUCGUCGCUCGUGGAGACAAAAUAUUCGCAGCACAUUUUUGAAUGCCUUUCGAUUGCUCAUUUCCACGGGAACAGCUCUCAUGCUGUCGCAAAUAUUUCCCUCCAUUGCCAAGGGUGAACCACCCCAACCCAAAAGUGUGGUGGAUCGAGUCGCAUUGCUCAGCUUUGGGGUCAUCAACAUGAUGAUGACAGCCGUCAUGAAAACAUUGGAUGUCUUUGCCAAGGAAAAACCCAUUGUGCAACGCGAAAAAAACCGAAACUUGUACUCUUCUUUGGAGUACCUCUUGUCCAAGUCGGUCGCCGAGAUUCCAUUGGAUGUGACCUUUGCCGUCGUUUUCACGGCCACCCUCAAAGCCACCACAGGUUUGGCCAUUUCCUGGAGUAACCUAACGGCGACUUUUUCACUCAUGACAGUGGCGGGAGCGUCCUUGGGGUUGCUGAUUGGGAGCUUCACGUCCAGUCAAGAAGCAGCAGUGUCCACUGGAAUUCCGAUCGUGAUUAUCAUGAUGAUUGUUGGAAUCAUCAAUCCAAGUGGCGUGGAUCCUACCAUCGAAAAGCCUCUCCUGAUUCAAAGCAUCAAAACCUUUAGUCCCAUCGCCACUGCCAUUGAAGCCCUGGCUCUGGCCGAGUUCUCCGGCAUGGAAUUCGAACAGCAGAAAUCGUUUUUGGGCUGGAGAAAGAUUCGGGAUGUAUCUCGGGUUGGAGGAGUUGCUUUGGUCAAGAAUGGUGAUGAGGUUCUGGAUGCCUUGGGUCUGAGGGAUGCAGAUUAUCCUGGAGUAAUGAGGCACAUGACAGCACUCUCCCUAUUGAACUUUGGUCUUUGUUGGCUAUUCCUUGGGUUUUCGGAUACGGCAUGGUUUGGUCGUUUGAAACAGCUUUAUAAGGCGACAUUUUCAGGACGCGGCGCCAGGGGUGUGACUACCAGUACAAAAGACGAAUGUGCCCCUGAUCCGAUAGAGACCGUCAACAGGCAUACCAUGACUGUCACUCAACAGAUCAAGCCAAAGAGAGUCGCUGUCAAUGCUAGGGUUUGA